AUGUCGAAGGUUGUGAGGAGUGUAAAGAAUGUUACCAAGGGAUACUCGUCUGUGCAGGUCAAAGUCCGCAAUGCGACGAGUAAUGACCCUUGGGGCCCGACGGGAACAGAGAUGGGGGAAAUCGCGGCGAUGACUUUUCAUAGUCCCAGCGAUUUCUACGAGAUUAUGGACAUGCUAGAUAAGCGACUGAAUGAUAAGGGCAAGAACUGGCGACAUGUGCUCAAGUCAUUGAAAGUGUUGGACUACUGCCUUCAUGAAGGUUCCGAGAUGGUAGUUACAUGGGCUAGGAAGAAUAUUUAUAUUAUCAAAACAUUGCGCGAGUUCCAGUAUAUUGAUGAGGAUGGUCGCGAUGUUGGACAAAAUGUCCGAGUUUCCGCGAAGGAAUUAACCGCGCUGAUCCUUGAUGAAGAUCGGCUACGAAACGAACGCUCUGAUCGGAAACUCUGGAAAUCGCGUGUCAGCGGAAUCGACGAUGGAAUACAUGGCAUUGCUGGCGGCAGUGAGCCGGGCCGUCGUCCAAGACGGGAUCGUCCUCAAAGACCAAAUGAUGAAGAGGAUGCGGAAUACCGCCUUGCAAUCGAGGCCAGCAAGCAUGAAGCCGAAGAGGAGAAGAAACGACGCGAAAGGGUAGCACGCGCCGAAGAUGACGAUGACGAUCUUGCCAAGGCUAUAAAACUGAGUAAGGAAGAAGAGGAGCUUCGAAGACGUGAACUGGAAGAGAGCAAUCCCUCUGCGCUGUUCGACGACAACACCCCCUCUGCGGUGCAACCUGCUCAGCCUCAAUUGACAGGGUAUAACCAGGGAUAUCAGCAGCAGCCGGCAGUAGAUUGGUUUGGGAACCCAAUGGAUCAACAACAACCUAUGUCCACCGGUUACUUGAACAAUCAAUACGCUCAGCCAACCGGAUUCCAGCCACAACAAACUGGUUAUACAAAUGGAUAUGCGGGCGGUUUCCCCGCGCAGCAGCCCGGCUACGAUCAGUUCGGGCAGCAAAAUAACUUCUUGCAGCCCCAACCUACCCUCCAGCCACAGCAAACUGCAUUCAACAGUAACCCUUAUGGCAAUGACAUUUUUGGCCAGCCACAGCCCCAGCCACAACCUCAACAGCAACAGCAACAAGAUAAUGGCUUUCUUCAGCCAGGGACCCAUAACCCAUGGGCAUCAAACCAACAACAACAAUCACUAGAUGCCCUCAAACCUAUGCCAACUGGCUCCAACAAUCCAUUUGCCUCGUCAUUCACACGAACCCAAGCGCAGCAGGUCCAUAAGACCGGCCCACCAUCCCUCAAUUCCCUCACUGAACAACGCACCGUCCAACAGUUCACUAGUAGCCAAUCAUCAACAAACCCCAUCAUCAACUACCAGUCACCCCUCAAUACACAACAGCAGCAGCUGCAACAACAGCAACAGCUGCAACAACAGCAACAACAGCAACAACAGCAACAACAGCAACAACAGCAGCAGCAGCAGCAACAAACCCAAAACCCGCAACAUGCCCGCCUCAACGCCCUCCUUGCUACCGGCGAGGGCCAAGACACUUUCGGUAAUGUCGGCGACCUCCGUAUCCCUGCCCAGCACACCGCGCCUGGCGUAUUCGUAAACUCCGCCGGCCAAGGCCUCGACCGUCUCCAACCGAACCAAACCGCGAACAACCCCUUUUUCAACCAGCAGUUUACGGGAGCUCCGCAACAGCAGCAGCGCAAUAACAAUCCCUUUGGAAUGCAGCCGGGGAAGGGAAAGGAAGAUGAGGGAGAGGCAUUGAUGGGCUGA